AUGGAAAGCGGACACGAAGAGUUUGUAGCAACUCUUGAAUCUUUCAAGGAGCUGAAAUCUGGUAUUUCUGGGUCUCGUAUCAAGAAACUAACCGCGUACGCCCUUGAUCACGUUAAAGAUGGAGACGCUUUGGUGGAGAUGAUAAUAGAAUACUCUCGGCAGUGCCCCGAUACUCACAAGUUGGGGUCCUUGUACAUUAUAGAUUCUAUCGGUAGAGCGUAUUUGGAGCAAGCAAGGGCCCGUGACGAAUACAUCAACUCUAAUGCUAAGAUAGGAUCUUGUGCGCAUGGUGUAUAUACCUUAGGCGAGUCCAUCAAGGAACUUUUGGGAGACGCAAUCAGCAAAAGCAGCGAGGAACACAAAGAAAAGAUCCGGACUUUGAUCGAUAUCUGGGAUCGCAGCGGUCUUUUCCAAAAGGGCUACUUGAAUGCUGUGCGGUCCAAGUAUUUCGCCAUGGACACAAAUGCGACGGGCUCUGCCGCCGAAGAAUUUGCUCAAGGACUUCUGCCAGAGAAUCCUGAGGACAGAUGCCGGCAUAUCUUGAAGAAUUUGCGUCCCGUUCAGGACUUGCCUUCUGUCGGCUUACCAGAAGGUCUUGAAUCGACCGAUUUGGCGAGCCAACAGGCUGCGCUCUUUAAAUUACUUGUGGAAGUCCAACAGCAAAAAAACCAAAACGUCAUCACUGCGAAUGUUUAUGUAGCACCGGUUCAAGAGCCUGCUCCUCAGCAACAGCAGCAGCAACAGUAUCAGCAGCAGCAGCAACAGCAACAGUAUCAGCAGCAGCAACAGCAGCAGCAGCAGCAACAACAAAACAGUAGAGCUGAUAGGCGCGACCGGUAUGGGCAAUCUUCAACCAGAAGAAACAGAUCCAGAAGUCCUCCAAGACGUGACCAGCACAGACAAGAGGGCCCAAGCGCUGCAAACAACCAUCAUCUUUACCCCGAUGAAACCAACGUUCCAAGCAACUUGCAUUUCAGGCCGAAACCCAUGUCAUACGAUGCCUCUGUGCCUCCUGACAACAUAAAAGUCUACAGCCGUACCUUAUUUGUUGGUGGUGUUCCACCCUCGAUGCGGGAAUACGACAUUGCCACGGUUCUUCGACCUUACGGAGAAGUACAGAGCGUCAUUUUGAACAGCUCAAGGAAACACGCCUUUGUCAAGGUGUAUUCGAGACAAGAAGCCGAAAAUGUCUUAAAAAACUUCAACAAAGAUGGAGCCUCUCCUCUACGUACCAGGUGGGGCGUUGGAUUUGGUCCAAGGGACUGCUGCGAUUACCAGCAUGGUUACAGUAUCAUUCCGCUUCACCGUCUCACAGAUGCGGACAAGAAAUGGUCGGUUAGCGCAGAAUGGGGAGGUACAGGCGGUCGUCCAUUACAGGCUGGAAUGGUCUUUGAAGAACCAGACAUUGUAGUUGGAGAAGGUGUGUCUUCCAAAGCCAUUUCCCAAAAAAUGCCAACGGACAGUGGAAGAAAUGGGCCGAAAUCUGGCAGAACGAGCAGGAAUACCGGAUUUCGGCAGUCUCCAAACCAGGCACAAAUGUACGGCAAUUUGAGCAGCACAACGACAUCUAUGCCGGUGCAACAAUUUCCAGUCAUGUAUAAUGGGGCCCAACCAGUACAAUCAUAUGGAAUGCCACCAGUACCGCAACUACAAGCAGUGCCUGCAGUGCCGAACAUGUACAGCUCUAAUCGCGCUCCGCAGGCGGCGCAAAAUGCCCAACCACAGUUCGAUCCAACGGCUCAACUGAACUCUCUCAUGAGUAUGCUCAAUCACCGUGGUGGUACUAAUGCUCCUUCCGCUUGA